AUGGCAGCUACAAAGACAAUAGUACUUAUUACCGGGGCAAACAGCGGGAUCGGUUUCGAACUUGCCGCCCAGCUAACAGCCAAAGCGUCCUACCACGUUCUCAUGGGAGUCCGCUCCAUGCAAAAAGGCAAUGCAGCGCUGGCCCAGCUACAAUCACGCAAUCUACUAGGCACCUUAGAGCUGCUCCAUCUCGAUGUUACCGACGACGAGACUAUCCACCGCGCCGCAGAGACGGUUGAAAAAGCACACGGAAAACUCGACAUUCUCGUCAACAACGCCGCCAUAGUAUCUACAGCUCCCACCCUUCGCCAGAAGUUGCAAGACGAAUUCAAUACCAACGCGACUGGUGCAGCAGUCGUUGCGGAGUCCUUUAUCCCACUGUUACGGAAGUCCACCCGCUCCCCGCGGAUUAUCAACAUCUCCAGCGGUGCGGGCUCGAUCGCCCGUCGUUUGGAUCCGUCCUCGGUAUUGUACAAGGUGCCAGGCCUGCAGUAUCGAGUGAGCAAGUCAGCACUGCAUAUGAUAACUGCGUGUCAGUGGGUGGAGCACGGCCCAGCCAUCAAGGUCUUCGCGUAUGACCCUGGCUUCACACAGUCGAAUCUCAGCGAGAGAAACACGGCGGAGAACGGGGCUAAGCCGGCUGCUGAGGCGGUGCGGCCGUUGAUUGAUGUGCUUGAGGGGAAGCGGGAUGAUGAAGUUGGUCAGUUGUUGCAUAACACGGGUGUUUAUUUUUGGUAG